AUGCAGGAUCAACUUCAGCAGCAAAUGCAGGAGCAGUUCGAGAAGAUUCAGCAGAAAAUGAUGGAUAAAAUGGCGGAGUCCCAAGGAAGCAUGAUGACCCAGUUAACUCAAUUCUUGAUUGGUGGAAAGGAUAAAGGAAAGGGCCCUAUGGCCAAUGUUGAAGAGGAAGGUGAUGACGGACUCCUAUAUCCUCCCGGCUUCACUCCUCCAUGUGUCGGAUCAGGCUCUAGUCCUGAGAAUAAUCCUGCCAAUCCUAUUGUUCCUGAUUUCGAUGAAACAGUUGAAAAAGAGAAAACAAAAGAGGAAUUACCAAAGCAAUUGGAAGAAAGAUGGAACUGGAUUGAGGAGAAAUUCAAAGCGAUGGAAACUACUGAAAGAUGCCAUGGGAUUAAUGCUAAGGAUUUAAGUUUGGUAUCGGAUUUAGUGCUCCCUUACAAGUUUAAAAUGCCAGAUUUCAAGAAGUAUAAUGGGACCACUUGCCCUGAAGCCCACAUUACUAUGUUUUAUAGGCGAAUGACUGGUCAUGUGGCGGAAAUGGUUCCUGAUAGGAUUACUUUGCAGAACAUGGAGAAAAAGUCGGAUGAAGGUUUUAGACAGUACGUUCAAAGGUGGAGGGAGUCGGCAGUGCAGGUCCAACCAACGCUCCUUGAAAGAGAAAUGACGGUGCUCUUUGUAAAUACGCUGAAGGCCCCCUUCAUCACACACAUGUUAGGUAGUGCCACGAAAAAUUUUGCUGACAUAGUCAUGAGUGUUGAGAUGAUUGAAAGUGCUGUAACGAGCGGAAAGAUUAAUGUUGGAAAGAACAACAGAAGGCAAAACUCAAAGAAAAAAAGUAAGGUGAACAACGUGAAUACAUACAACAAGUCAAUUACAGUGAAUCCGCCCAGGAAGGUAGUGGCAGGUCAACAGGGUUCAUCUAAGCAGGAAUCUGGUCCUCCAUAUCUUAAAUGGUAUGACGCGAAUGCACAAUGCGAUUACCAUGCAGGAGUUGCGGGGCACUCUAUAGAGCAUUGUACUGCUUUUAAAAAGCUUGUUGAGAAGCUCAUUAAGAUGGGCGUUGUCAAGGUAGAUGAUUCAUCAGGUAUAGAAAAUCCAUUACCCAAUCAUGCUGAUGCUAGGGUAAACAUGGUGGGUGAAGGUACGAGGAAGAAGGUUAAGGAGAAUAUUGCUGAGGUAAAGAUCCCUUUGAAGAGGGUGUGGAAAGAAAUGGUAGGAAGAGGAUGUGAGAAGUUUAGAGCUCUGAUCCAAAGCAUGAUGGAUAAUGGAGAAAUAGAGUUUUUUGAAGAGGUAGAAGGAAAAGAAAGUAUAUGUGCAUCGGAGUCAGAGACGAAGAUUCCAAAGGUUAAUCAUCCUGUGAUUAUCAUUUCGCGCCCUAAGGUUACUGAAGUUAGGGCACAGGUGACACCGAAGGUUGUUAUUCAAAAGCCGACGAAGUUUUCGUAUAAGGAUAGCAGGAAGGUCCCCUGGAAUUAUGACUGCGAGGUAAUAAUUUUGGGGAAGGAAACUUCAAUUAGUGUUGUGAAAGAAAACAAAAAGACAGGUUCUUAUACGAAUACUGAGGAGUACUGUAGUCGGAUAAAGGCUCAAGCAGAAUCGGUAGAGGGAAAGGUCAUUGCAGCAGAGCAAAAGGAAGAGAAGAGGGUUGAAUUAAGGUCAUUGAUUAAUGAGCCAAUAAAGGAGGAAGAAGUUAUUGAAAUCUUGAGAUUUUUGAAGCACAGUGAGUAUAGCGUGGUAGAGCAGCUGCAUAAAUAG